GGUUUUGAGGGCCCCACCUGCAACCACAGAGCCCCCUCCUGUGGCCACCACCACUGCCACCACGGUGGCCUGUGUCUGCCCUCCCCCAAGCUUGGCUUCCCACCCCGCUGUGCCUGCCUCAAUGGCUACGGGGGCCCUGACUGCCUGACCCCACCUGCUCCUCAUGGCUGUGGCCCUCCUUCUCCAUGCCUACACAAUGGCAGUUGCUCAGAGAUCCCUGGGCUGGGGUCCCCAGCCUUCCGAUGCUCCUGCCCUCCCAGCUCUCCAGGGCCCCGGUGUCAGAGGCCUGGAGCAAAGGGAUGUGAGGGCAGAGGUGGAGAUGGGGCCUGUGAUGCUGGCUGCAGCGGCCCUGGAGGAAAUUGGGAUGGGGGAGACUGCUCCCUGGGGGUCCCGGACCCCUGGAAGGGCUGUCCUUCCCACUCCCGGUGUUGGCUUCUCUUCCGGGAUGGGCAGUGCCACCCACAGUGUGACUCUGCAGAGUGUCUGUUUGAUGGCUACGACUGUGAGACUCCUCCAGCCUGCACUCCAGCCUAUGACCAGUACUGCCGUGAUCACUUCCACAACGAGCACUGCGAGAAAGGCUGCAACACUGCAGAAUGUGGCUGGGAUGGGGGUGACUGCAGGCCCAAAGAUGGAGAUUCAGAAUGGGGGCCCUCCCUGGCCCUGCUGGUGGUGCUGAGCCCCCCAGCCCUGGACCAGCAGCUGCUUGCCCUGGCCCGGGUACUAUCCCUGACUCUGAGAGUGGGGCUCUGGGUAAGGAAGGACAGUGAUGGCAAGGACAUGGUGUACCCCUAUCCUGGGGCCCAGGCCGAAGAGGAGCUAGUAGGAACCCUGGAUCCCUCUCAUCAGGAGAGAGCAGCCCCUCAAACACAGCCUGGGGGCAAGGAGACAGACUCUCUCAGCACUGGGUUUGUGGUAGUGAUGGGUGUGGAUUUGUCCCGCUGUGGCCCUGACCACCCUGCAUCCCGCUGUCCCUGGGACCCUGGGCUCCUGCUCCGCUUCCUUGCUGCAAUGGCUGCAGUGGGGGCCCUGGAGCACCUACUGCCAGGACCGCUGCUGGCUGCCCAUCCUCGUGCUGGCACUGGUAGCACCACCAACCAACCAGCUUCCCUGGCCUGUGUUGUGCUCACCAGUGGCUGGGGUGCUCCUCCUGGCCCUUGGGGCCUUCUCGUCCUUCAGCUCAUCCGGCGGCGGCGCCGUGAGCAUGGGGCCCUCUGGCUGCCCCCUGGGUUCAUUCGAAGGCCUCGAACUCAGCCCACUCCCCGCAGACGCCGGCCUCCCCUGGGUGAAGAUAGCAUCGGCCUCAAGGCACUGAAGCCAGAGGCAGAAGUUGAUGAGGAUGGAGUUGUGAUGUGCUCAGGCACCAAAGAAGGCGAAGAGGUGCGCCAGGCUGAGGAAAUGGCCUCACCCUCCAAGUGCCAGCUCUGUCCUCUGAGGGGUGACUGUCAGGAGCUCCCCCAGGCAGCCAUGCUGACUCCUCCCCAGGAAUCUGAGAUGGAUGUCCCUGACGUGGAUACCCGUGGGCCUGAUGGGGUGACAGCCCUGAUGUCAGCAGUUUGCUGUGGGGGAGUGGAGUCCAGGACCUUCCAGGGGUCAUGGUUGGGAAGCCCUGAACCCUGGGAACCUCUGUUGGGUGGAGGGGCCUGUCCCCAGGCUCACACUGUGGGUACUGGGGAGACACCCCUGCACCUGGCUGCCCGAUUCUCCCGGCCAACCGCUGCCCGCCGUCUCCUUGAGGCUGGAGCCAACCCCAACCAGCCAGACCGAGCAGGGCGCACCCCUCUUCACACCGCUGUGGCUGCUGACGCUCGGGAGGUUUGCCAGCUCCUGCUCCGCAGCAGACAGACUGCAGUGGAUGCACGGACAGAGGACGGGACCACAGCCCUGAUGCUGGCCGCUAGGCUGGCGGUGGAGGACCUGGUUGAAGAACUGAUUGCAGCCCAAGCAGAUGUGGGGGCCAGAGAUAAAUGGGGAAAAACCGCGCUGCACUGGGCCGCCGCCGUGAACAACGCCCGGGCCGCCCGCUCCCUUCUCCAGGCCGGAGCCGAUAAAGAUGCCCAGGACGGCAGGGAGCAGACGCCGCUGUUCCUGGCGGCCCGAGAAGGGGCGGUGGAAGUAGCUCAACUGCUGCUGGGACUAGGAGCGGCCCGAGGACUGCGGGACCACGCCGGGCUAGCGCCCGGAGACAUCGCUCGCCAGCGUAACCACUGGGAUCUGCUGACGCUACUGGAGGGGGCGGGGUCACUGGAAGUGCGUCACAAAGCCACGCCCGGCCGCGGGGCGGAAGCCUUCCCGCGCUCGCGUACCGCGUCGGGAAGCUUGCCCCCGCGUCGGGGCGGGGCUGUGCCGCGCAACCGGACGCUGUCAGCUGGGGCUGGUCCGCGUGGGGGCGGAGCAUGUCUGCAAACCCAGACUUUGUCAUUAGAAUGGGCCGCGCGUGUGGGUGGAGCCUAUUCGCAUUGCCAGAGCCCAUCGAAAGGAGCAGGAGGCGGCCUGUCCCCCGGAGGCCGGAGAUUUUCUCCAGGCAUGCGCGGGCCUCGGCCCGACCCGGCUGUAGUGCCAGGAAGAUCCGGGGCCGCUUCCGGGGGCGGGGGUGGGGCCUCAGCCGACGAUUGGCCCUGCGAUUGGGUGACCCUGAGAGCCUGCGGCUCCAACACUCCAAUCCCGCCUCCUUGCCUUACGCCGUCCCCGGAGCGGGGAUCCCCUCAAGUCGCCUGGGAUCCUCCAACCCACCAAGUAACAAUUUUAAACGCGGGAGGCGAGGGUCAAAAAUAG